ACAUAUCACGUGAAAAUAUGAGCCAAUGACAACACGACCUUGGGAGGCGCUUAGGGCGCGUCCGAUUCUUUUGACUUCUGCAGAUUUCGUUUAUCUGCUCUUGUUCAUUUCAGUCAACCUUUAAGUGAAGAAACCCCUCGCUUAGAUGUCCUACUGCUAUGACAACGUCACAGGUCCUGCGCCCGCGCUGGACCGAUCCGGUCAUGUUUUUAUAUGACAACAGCAGUACUUUGUACGACGCGGGCAAGAACAUGGACGCUUUUGCGGGAGGCAACUUUGCAACGAGCUCGUGCAGAAAUCUUGUAGUUCCCAGCGCUGCUUACACGUCAAGCGAAGUGACUAUUGCAGGAAUUGGCGAGCCUGGAAAACAAUGCAGCCCGUGCACGGCCUCGCAGGGAUCUGGCGGCGCGUCGCUGCCUUAUGGGUAUUUUGGCAGCGGUGGAUAUUACUCAUGCCAAGUCUCUCACCACCACUGGGCUAGCAGUGGGGUUAAAUCGGCCGCUCAUUCCCCAGCCUCUGCCGCCUCUCAAUACGGGGAUAAAUAUAUGGAUAUGCCAACCCCGUCGGCCGAAGAUUAUGUUGCUUCUCGAGCCAAAGAGCUCGCAUUCUACCCGAGUUACGGUUCGAGUCCGUACCAACCCGUUACCAGCUACCUGGAUGUACCUGUAGUACAGGCUGUGAACGGGCCAUCGGAGCACAGGAACGAGCCUUCUUUAUUGCCUGUGGAAAGUUAUCAGCCCUGGGCCAUCAGCGCUAACGGAUGGAACGCACAAGUCUGCUGCGACAAAGACCAGCCGCGUACAGGGCACGUGUGGAAAUCAUCUGUACUAGACUCAGUUCCUCACAGGGGAGCAGACGCAAGUUCGUUCAGGUGCGGCAGAAAAAAACGUGUCCCAUACACGAAGGUGCAACUUAAAGAACUCGAGCGCGAAUACGCGGCCAACAAGUUCAUUACCAAGGACAAGCGUAGGCGGAUAUCUGCACUGACCAACCUGUCUGAACGACAGGUGACCAUUUGGUUUCAGAACCGGCGCGUAAAAGAGAAGAAAACGGUCAACAAAUUACAUACCUAA